AUGGCACCUGGCAGUCAACCGAAAGGAGCUCUCGCUCCAACUCCACCAUCUCUCGUCAGCGGCACUCUUCUUCAAGCCCUCGUCCAAGUCAAAGCUUUCGCACCCGAAAACCUUUGCCCAGACCUUCAGAACCACCUCAACGAUGCAACCAUGCUGUAUCAGGCACUCAACAACAUCGCCAACUGGGCAGGAAGUCAAAUGCAAGCGCUGGAGAAGGAUAUGGCCGCCGCGGAAGCCAAGAUGAAGGACGCGAAGAACUUCGAUGAUGCCCAAGACUACGGUACAGACGUGCAGGGGCUUCAACAAGAUAUGGAUCACAUGGCGUAUCUCAUCGAGAAGGUGGAGGAGCAUCAGGAGAAGCUGGGAUGA